AUGAAAUCAACGAAUCGGAGCAUGGGACAAGAACAAGUUAGCGCAUGAUUCAACCACAGCGAAGUUUACAUAUAUAGCCGACGUGUGUGAAUAUUGGCGCGUUACAAAGAACAUUUUCGAUAGGAAACGGCGCGACGGGAGGACCGAAAACAUGGAAAGUGUGGAACAAUAUCGGACUGUUUCUAGUCCUAUGAAGAAAAAUCCAAAUAGAAAACGUGUAAUAGGAUUAAGGGUAUCUAGCGACUCAACACAGGGAGGAAGAAAAUACAUGGAAGACAUGAUUUGUAUUGUUUUUGACAGAGAACAAGACGCCGACUAUGCAUGCUUCGCUGUGUUCGAUGGACAUGGAGGGAAAGAGGCCGCAGUGUAUGCCCGUGAUCAUCUGUGGAAAAAUAUCAAGGAACAAGAUGGGUUCUUUUCCCGCGAACCGGGAAAGGUUAUGUACGCGAUUCAGGAGGCAUUUCGUGUUACUCAAGAGGGAAUGUGGAAGGAGAGACCAUCCUGGCCAAAAACUCUUUCCGGAUAUCCCAGUACAGCAGGCACAACGUGUAGCAUGGUGAUUAUAUGUGGGACUGACAUGUAUACAGCCCAUGUAGGAGAUUCCAGAAUAGUGCUUGGAAAGAGCAAAAUGGGGAGUAUUAGCUGCAACAGCAAAUACAUCCCACCCAAUGAGAGAAUAGUCGCAGAGAUGCUGACCGUUGAUCAUAAACCCAGCGAUGCAGAAGAGAUAGAGCGCAUAGAGAGUGCUGGAGGUCGGGUGCAAGACAAGGCCGGUGUGCAGAGAGUGGUUUGGUCCAGGCCCAGCCUAGACCAUACUGGGCCUAUCACAAGAAAUACAGAACUGACAGAUAUACCUUUCCUAGCAGUAGCCAGAUCUUUAGGUGAUCUAUGGAGCUAUAACUUCAAAAACGGCCAGUACAUUGUAUCCCCAGAACCUGACAUAUCUCACAGGGUUAUUGAUCCACAUUCAGAACGGUUUCUAAUCUUAGGCAGUGAUGGUCUCUGGAACAUGGUCACAAGCGAAGCUUCGGUACAGAUUGUGGAGAAAUAUGACAUGAUUCGCGCUAAGCAGGGAGCGAUUUCAACAGAAACAGUUUCACAUCAGCUGGUGAAACGAGCUAUGGAUCUGUGGAACUACCAUCUCUUGAGAGCAGAUAAUAUCUCAGUCAUCUCUGUCUUCUUUGAGUACCCCGAGGUCAUAGAUGAUGAGGGUGACCAAAUCGAUCUAGAUUCUGUCAAGGAGUGGCAGAACAUUGGACUCAAAAUCGAAGGAGAGGAGGACAACAAAGAGGUGGAUGAAAACGGGGACAACUUCAACAGGCCAGCGUUGAUCCGUCGUCACGCUUGCACCAAGCUUACCUCCAUGGAGAACUAUAAUCGUCUCUACUGUAUGUCUAACAAGGAGCGAAGGCAAUACGGCAGCAUCCCUGCCCCUCAGUAUAAACGGCGCUACACGGAUGGUCUGGAAUUGCCCAAGUCAAAGAAGCAGAAGUCCGAGAAUGGCAUAAAAAAGGAGAAUGGCAUUAAAAAGUUGAAUGUUGGGGAUCGAACGGGCUCAGGUGACAAAAUCUACAAGGUGAUACAUACCAAGAAAUGCGGUAUCAGGGUAGAGUAUGCGUAUGACCCUGACGCGGAGGCCAAAAAAUCAAAGCAGCGGUGCCCUCCGAAGAACAACCCAAAGAAAACUAUCAUGACAAAGAGCGGACCCAUCGAGGUGGAGUAUGCUUACGAUGUCGAGGCAAUGAAGAGGAGCUUUGAGGACACCCCAACCAAAGUCAAGGCCAAGAGAACAUUUAUGACAAAGAAUGGACCCAUUGAGGUGCUGUACGAGUGCAAACCACCCACUCCUGGUCGUAAUGCCCGCUCUGCUCCACCAAAGAAAAUCUCAUCAAGGAGAUCCCCAAGGAGAAGGCUGAGUCUAGAUGACAAUGUUGUCAUGGGGUCAAGGUUGACCAGGUCAGCUACCAAAAGGUCAAAGAUUAUGAACAUGCAUAUGACAAGGGCAAGGAGAGCAUCAAUGAAGGGAAAAUUUGCACAAAUGUAUAAUGAAAUGCCUAGUGCACAGAAAGCAGUGAAAAUGAGAUGAAGUUGCUCUUCUUAAAAGUUAUGGAGAUUGACAGCAAAUGUGACCAAGGUCUAAGAUGGAUUAAAACCUAUAUAAGCAAAUGUGACAUUGUUUUGUAUGGAAUUAUCAGCAAUGAUAAAAAAAUACAAUAUUACAUUCCUUUCAUCUAGGAACUGAAAACCUCAAACUUUAUGUGCCUCAAAAUUAAUAGUUAAUUGACAAUUGUGUAAAGGGGAAAGGUUGUCGUUACAUAUAGAUAGAUCAGUGAAGUAUGCAUACCAAUCUUGCAAACCUUCGGAAAAGAUGAAAAUUGUUUGAAUAGACAUAAAGUCUACCUCUACGCUGAUCUUUUUAGAAUAUUUGUACAUAUAUAUUUUUUGUCAUAUUUUAACCUCUCAGGCGUGUGUGGUGUACAUAUAUGAAAUCCAAGUAUGUGGUGAUGUGUAAUGUCAUUGAUUUUAUCAACACAUACAAGUGAUACAUCGUACUCAUGAGCAUUCCAUACAUGCCACUAUGUCAUGUACAUUGAAAUUAACUUGUAUGAUUUUUGUACAGUGUAGCAUAAUAACAAAAUUAUUUUUUCUUGUAAAUAAUAUUUGUAGAAAGUCCAAAGUGAAAUACAUAUUUUAUGAGGUUUUUACUCACUUGGAUAUAUUGAUUCUUUUGAAGGAAUAUUCAGGGAAUCUACUCUUAUUUCUAUCAGAAAUUUGUAAUGCCUUACAGUGGACGCACACUUGAAUUGAGAUUGUGACUUAUAAAUAUAAAUGAUUUUCAGGGCUCUGUUUCAUGAAGACUUGCCAGUAAUUGAAUUCAAUCGUAAUUUAAGAUUGAUUCAAAUCAAUUGCAAUUUGCAAGUAAUUACGAGGCGGUCAUGAGACUUGUAAAAUACGCUGGAGAAAUGAAAUUUAAAAAUUAAUACAUAGAGCACAAUAUUGUAUCUGUUGAAUUGAAUUUUUAUUUCCUGAAAUAAUAUAUUAGUAUUGUCAGCAAAAUUCAAUUUCAUUAGGGGAUGGCAUCCUAAUCCUUUCAAGGGAAAAUACUUCCUUUCUUAUUUUAAUAUAUAAUUGAUGCAAAUUUUAUGAAACUUUACUGUGACUAGGAAUUGCUCCCAACAAAUGUCUUCACUUUUAUUAUCCCAUUCAUGAAGUAUUCAUAUAGGAUGAGUCGGUGGAGUCAUGCAAUAUACAUGUUCAAUUCCUAUUAUUGAUCAAGGUACAUGUACGUAACUUCUUUGUUGUUAAAAGGGAAUCCUUGGCGUAAGUAAGACAGUGUGUGAAAUUUGAUGUAUAUAUUUUUUACCCUUUAAUAGGUACUAUGAAUGAUGCAUUUUUAGGAUAUCAAAUAUUGUAUUUUACUCAUUGGAUACAUGUAACUUUCAUACAGAGUGUCUUACCAUAUGAAGAUGAAAUAUCCUGUCAGACCCAUAUUCUUUAUUUUUUGUUUAUUCAAUUGAAAAAGCAAAUGAGAAUUGAUUUUUUUUUACCAAUUUUGGCAUUUCAAUUCCUGUUUUCUUUAUAGAAUCCAUAGGCUACUGCUAUCAUUUCUGAAUUUCCUUAUUUGAAGAUUUUAAAUCUUUCCUUGAAACCUAGAAUUCCAAAAAGUACAUUAUGUAAUUUAUUUCCCAACAUUGCCAAUUUAGGGAUUUCAAAAUCAAAUAUUUUCUUUUUGGAAAUCUAAAGCAAUGCUUUCAAUUCCCGAUUUGUUACCAAUUUCCUGAUUUGAUGCCAAUUUUUGGAUUUCUAAUUUUUUUUAUUACAAAACCUGUACUGUUAGACAUCGAUUACAAGAUUCGUGAUAAUUCAAAGGUGUAAUCAAUUUUAUGCAUAACUCCUCUCUCCCUUUGCUCAAUCAUUUCACAUACAUUUUGGGGAUUCUUAAUUCAAGGGUAAGGAGGCUAACUAGAACCACAAUGGUCUGAUUCUGAAUUCUGGUUUAAUUUAAAUUUGUGGUUUGGAACUUUGCAUAGCCAAAUGUGAAACAAAUUUCUAACAUUACAUUUUCAGUUAAUAAGCUGCUUAGACUUAGACUAAAAUUGUUUAAAACGGUCUUGGAAUAAUAAUAACUAAUAUAGUUUCCAUCACCAUUGAAGCAUGAAGAAAUUGCAAAGUAAAGAUAAGGGUCAUUCAAUGAACAUGUAAACAAGAUUUUAGGCUACCUAUAAUUAAAGCACUGAUAUAUACCAUGGUCUAUAUUGAACUGGCUUUUAGAAUACAGGCCAUUACAUCAAUCAACAUGAUAUAAUUCAACUCAGAAAAUAUGAUUCACUGUAUAUAUUAAAAAAAAACAUCAUUUGAAAUGUUUUUACUCUACUGCAGUGUAUGGCUUCUUCUUUGGCAGAGAUUUUCAAGGAAUAGCAUGACUAUCAGAAACCAUCAUUUCUUUUCCCUAAAUUUAUGUAGAUAUAUGUACAUGUAGACUAAUUAUUUUAAUUGUAAUAUUCCUGUAUAUGUACAUGUAUCCUAUGGAUAUUACACUGUAAUUUUAUUCACAAUAUUUACACAAUUUCACUCAAAAUUUUCUAUUCCACUAUUAAAUGUUUUCUGGAAGAAAUAUUAAGCAUUCCGAAAUUCUAAUAUUUUACACUUUCAGGAAUUUAAAAUCCGUACUGUCUUCUUACACAUCUUGAUCAUUUUACCUCAAAAGAAAAAGUAUGUCUUCAUUUGUAUGUUCAACUACAUGUAGUAUUUGUCUUGUUAAUUCAUGCCUGUACAUAUUAUGUGUGGUAGAAAUUUGAAUGUGCCACUGUUAAUUUUGAGUAGAUUUCUCAUGGUUGGUCAACAACUCUACAUAUUUCCAAAGGGCAUACAUGUAUAUCAAGAAGAUAUUGUGGGAUAGGGAUGUUAAUUGAGUAAUUUGUCUUCAAGUUUUGUUACAGAGCCUAGGUAUCAAUUGCAAACAUGCCACUAAUUGAUUUUGGAUUUGAAAAAAAAAAUUGCAAUUGAUUUCAGUUUUCUUUCAACACUCCUUGAAGAUUUAUUUAUUUCACUAUUACAUAUAUGUGUGUGUGUGAAAUAUUCACAUGCUGUUGUACUUUUAAUUUCACCAGGCAUAUAUCCCAGGCAAGUAACUUGCUGUAACUUGCUGUAUAAUCUGCUAUGCCUAGUGAAAAUAUAAUGUUGCAAGUAUGUUGAAACACAGACAUGUGUAAACAUGCCCAUUCAACCAUAUUGUUGACACACCCUUGUCUACCCCUAUUGUUCUGGUAAGCUGAUCCAGUGACGUUCUUGAUAUUCACACGCACAUAAAAAUCCACAAUUAGGCAUGAAAGGACUUGAUUGUGCAGUCAGCCCUUGGAUUAUUUCAUCUUCUGAACGAAUAUUCAUGAAAUUUCACUUAGUUGUGUUUCCAUGCAUUAUCACUGCUUUUACCAAAAUCAUAUUUUGAUAGCAAGUGAAAUUUCACUUCUAGCAUUUAAAAAAAAAAUCUCUUAAUCCAAAUUUCUAUUUUCUACACUUAAUCGUUUUCUAUAAUCAAUUUACAUGUAGCAAGCAGGGAUGAUUGUAGUUCAGACACAUAUACCAUUUUCAUUUUCCUCUGUUUUAUUUGAUCUAUGCAACUUAUCUGACUUAAAAUUUUACCAGUGUAUGUGUUUCUUCAUUUCGUUUUAAUUCAUUUAUCAGUUCAAAUUUAUUUUUCCCCUCUUCAUGUUAGAAUUGCAGUCUUUCAAACAACAUAUGUUUGAUACAAAAUCUUCCAAAAUUCCUCUUUUUUAUCAUUCAGUGGAUUCCAUCCAUUUUUGCAUAGAAAGGUUCACUCCAAUUGAGUGUGAUACAGACUGUAGUUCAAUCAAUGCAAGGGUUGAAUUACAUUAAUAUUUUGUUUUAAGUUUUAUACGUUUAUAGUUUUGCUGUUGUUUUUUUUAUAUUCUUUCAUCUAUUUAUCCACUAUUAAUGUUCUACCUACAUGUACAUUUUACAAGAGAAUACUUUGCCAUAUAAGAAUUCUAGAACCUAUUGAAAUUGAUGACUUAAUUAUGCAUCCUUUUUAAAAAGUUGAAUUUUAGAAUUGAUUUUAGCUUUACAAUAGCUCUCUUGCUAUCACCCCCACUUAAAAAGUAAAAAAUGUAUAGUAAUUACAUAUUUUGCAGCUUGAACAAGAAAAUUUUGCAUCCAUAAUGAAGUGUGUGAAUGAGACUACAUGUAAAACUUGUUACAAUUAUGUCCUUUUCACACGUUUGCUCCAACAGAGGUUAUUGUACUCUUUGUGAAUGAGGGAAUUUGGAAAUAAACUGCAAAGAUA